UUCAUGGUGCAGUCACUAAAUACAGCCACUAGGUGGCAGAAGGUCUCUGCUAUGAACAGCGGCAGAUUGUCGUUUGUUUACACCCGUUGCAAUGGCGACCAUCACCGAGCUGAAGUGUGCCGUGAGGGAAACGCUGGAGUCGCGCGGCGUGCUGGGCCAGCUGAAGGCUCGUAUCCGGGCGGAGGUGUUCGGGGCGCUGGACGACCGGCGGGAGCCUCGGCCGCCGCUGUCCCACGAGAACCUGCUCCUGAACGAGCUCAUCCGCGAGUACCUGGAGUUCAACAAGUACAGGCACACCGCGUCGGUGCUGACUGCAGAGUCGGGCCAGCCCGAGGUUCCCCUGGACAGACAGUUCCUGGCGAACGAGCUGAAUGUCGCAGAGGAUGCGAGCUCCAAGUCUGUACCUCUUCUCUAUGGCUUAGUGUCCCACUUCCUGAACAGUAGUGACAAUGGAGGGAAGGUGUUCCUGCGGGGUGCCUCUCUGCCGACCCGUCCCACUGCCAGUGACACGGUAGCUGGACCUGAUGCCUAAGAACUGACAAUGCUACUGAGUGCUGACGUAGCUUGUAGCGAAAAGGUGCUCUGGCGCUCAAAUACAUGACAUGAAAUGUUGCAGCAUCUCAUCGGACUUUAGCAACACAAAGUCUCUUGUCCAUGCGCAGCGUACAUAAAUUCUGCUGAGAUGAUUAUGAGUUUCAGAACGCAUUUGUAUUUCUUUUUUUAAGUUUCCAAAUGACUACAGAUGACCUUUUUAUGUUUUGAUUUUAAUAUCCAGAUUUACAGAUUUUUGCCUUUGUCACAGUGGGGCGGCUCCCAGUCGUCCAUACUCAUCCUCUUAAUCAGACAAACAAACUGACAUUGCAUCUCCUCUACUUGUUCUCAGUUUUAAUAUUCAAAUGUUUGAUACUUUGAUAUUGUCUUUUAUUUGUUGAAAAAUAAAUGUUAUUUAUAUUUUUACAGUA